AAUUUACCUCUUCAUUAAAGAUGAAGUUUGCAAGUGUCUCUUUGAAUGAUAGUGCCAAAAGCACAAUUAGCCCUAACAGUUUCAUAAAGAUGGGAGCCUUUCCAUUUUUGAUUCCUGUCUCAAUAUGAACAUUAAUUGUUGUACCAAUUGUCCCAUGCGUCGCAGUUAAAUAUUCUAAGAGUGGUGUAGCAUUGAAUUGAAAAUAUAGUUUCAGACACUCACUCAUAUUUAUAUCAUAAAGUCUCUUAAAAUGAAGUUUGAGACCAAUUGGCCGAAAUAGGUAUGGCCACUCUCUGGAUAGAUCAGUAAUUUCAGGGCAAGAAUCGUCUUCAGAGCGUUUCCUCUUCUUAGCAUUUUGGAAAGCUUUUAUGUCCUUGUGCAUUUGUAGGACCACUUUUCUUUCAUUUGGACAUGUGGUUUUUCAACAAUACACAAUUCUUGCUGGAUCUCUAUCUUUCCUUUUCUUGGAGAUGUCAAUUAGUUCUUGUCUUAAAGCUUCUUGUGACUCUGCCGUUUCUCCCGGGGGCAACCUUGUAUCAUGCCAUGCGUCUGGAGUCAAACCCAUGACCGACUUGACCGGCAUGUUUAUAAUUAGAUUUUCUUUGCCUUCAUGUUUACUAAUUUGAGCAUCUUUCCGUGGAAUAUAGUUAUCAAACUGCUCUCCGCAAUGUUUUAUGAAUCUUUUGAAACCAAGGUUCGUAUCUCCUACUUUGUCACAGAAUGAAGCAGGAAAUUUCUUUCCUACUGCCUCUGCCAUGUUGACCAUAAUCCCUCGCUUGGCUUUGGGAUACGCAACCUUGGCUGCUCCCACCAUGGUAUUAACCAGUAGCAGCUCUGCUACAGCAGAUGGCCUCCUCUUCUCUUUCAACUAAGCUAGGUCCAGCUCACCUUUGUCGUGUUUAGCUAUUUUAUCUAACUGCCAAAUAAGGUCCCAGGUAAUCGGCACUAAAAUAGUGCUUUCAUCAAAACCACUUGUACUUUGUUGAGAUUGUUGAUUCUGAUCUGGAAAUUUAAAAAUAAAAUAAAAAAAAUUAAGAUUUUAAAGACUUAUAACUGGGUGUUAAGGCCUGUCCAGUUCUUCAGUUUUCUUACUUGAAUUUUCCAGGUGGCAACCAGAUUUCCAAUGGUCAAUUAGCCUUAAGGACUGAAACUCGUUGAGGUUUUGGGCCUCAAGAUGUGCUUGGGUGACAUGUUUUAAAUCCAUAGCAGUAGUCUAUCCUUACCAACUGGUCUAGCAAAGCACUUACUGGUGCCCUCUGUACACUCGUUCAAUAUGUUUUCAUUGUUGUUUCUUCAGACAUAACCAUAGAUAAGGGACCUGGACAUUAUUCCUUUUCAAAGGUCAAACCAGAUACUUUGUUCUAAUAUUAAUCAAUAGCUUAUUUCUCUGUAUAUUAGUUUAUCUGGGGCGUUGACUUUGGUAGUUUCUUGGGAUAACAAUUAUAAUUUUGUUCCAGCUACUCCUUUUAGGUCGACUUACAGUAACGCCCCUAAGAAGGACACCAGCAUGAAUAAAGCUCAGAAAGAACAGCUCCUAAGGAUAAUGGCUUAUCCACCAUAUUAGGGAUGGUAGGUUUGUAACCGGUUUCGGUCAAAAACCGGUCUGAUGAAGAAAAAAAAACGGUUUUUUCGAACCGGCCAAGGGAAUCGGUUAAAACCGUAACACCGGCCUAAACUGCUAAAAAACCGUUUUUUUUUGUUUUUUUUGCGAUAGUAAGUUUUAGAGGCGAUUGAACGUUUCGUCGGGGCCGGUGCUCUUGGGUCUCCGCCUCGCUACAGACUGCGCAGCGCGCUCGAGCUGGGCCGAGCCGAGCGAGCGCCGAGCGCCGAGCCGAGUCCAAGCGCGAGCCGCUGGCGCUGUCUGCAGCGCGGUGGUUCAUUUUCUUGCCGAUAGAUCACAGCACGCUCUGAGCGCCGCGCCGCCGGCCUCGUGAGCUGUUGACAUCAGCUGAUCUCAUUCUCAUUCAGUCUUCAGCUUCAGUUUCGAGUCAAAUUUUGUGGGUCAGGUCAGUGGUCAGUGACACCUGUUAAGUAUCGAGUGUGAACGUAGCCGUUGCUUAUCGUUGCCAUGGGAGGCAUCAGCGCAGUCUGGAACUACUUCUCCCGCUUGCCGAACGCAAGUGGAAAAGUGUAUUGCAGAAAAUGCGAGCGCCGCUUCACCCACCGUGUCGGGGGAGGGACGUCCACCUUGAUUCAACACGUCGCUUCUGCCCACGGUGUUAAUCUCCCUCGACGCGGUGGGCGGAUUUCAAGGCUUGGGCCUCAGCAGUCACCCUCCUCAUCCUUACGAGAAGAGGAGGACGUCGACGGCGACCUGAGCAGUGAAGCCGGCAGCAGCGCCGCGGCUACGCCGACGCCGACAACACCCACAACUCCUCGAUCUAGCAACAACAUCAGCACUCCAAGAUCUCGCCCAUUUUCGGGCCCAUUUCAACGUUGCAUCAAUAACGUUACUUCAUUCGCUCCAGGGGGACACCGGGAUGCCGAGAUAACGAAUGCGCUGUUGUUCAUGGUGGCCUCAGAGAAGCUCCCGCUCAGCUUCGUUGAGAAGGAGGGGUUCAAGUUAUUCAUGAAGAAGGUACAGCCUAUGUACAAGAUCCCUUCCGAACCGACUGUGCGGGCGCUCCUAACCUCUAAAUAAGAAGUGCUCAAGGGAAUUAUUUGCGACGAGAUGAGCAAGACAGAGGGCCUCAGCUUGACAAUGGACAUUUGGACUCAGAAGAGCACAAUGAGAAGUUCGCUCGGCGUGACAGCACACUACGUGAAAGUGUUGCCUACUAAGAGGAGAGUUCUACGCUCUAUUGAGCUUUGCGCUCAGCCGCUCACGGAACGCAAGACGAUUUCGUAUCUCCGCUCAGUCAAGAGAGAUAUUUGUGAAAUGUGGGGCAUCACGAAGGAUAAGGUACAAGUCAUCGUCACGGACGGCGGGGCGAAUAUCAAAGGAGCAGUGUGAGAAGAAUUUGGAGCUGACAAGCACAUGUCCUGCUUUGCUCAUUUGAUCAACAUUAUUGGUCAGUCAGUUCUCAAGCCAUCAUCAGCCUACAUUAAACCCUCUGAGCGUGAGCCAGAUGCAGCAGCAGAAGUGGAUGUUCACAUUCCAGAUAAUGAAUCAGACUGUGAAGAUGACACUGUUGUUCCUCCUGCACCUGCCUCCACUGAAAGUGUUGAAUUUCCUUAGUUGUUACUAAAGGUCAAAGUCAUUGUCAAAUUCUUUCGCCAGAGCGAGGUUGCCACAUCUGAGCUGAAGAAACUUCAAAUGGCGGAGUGGGAUGUCAGUGAAUCUCAAACGAAAAGACCUAUACAGGAAGUCCGCACAAAGUGGAACAGCUGUUACGCCAUGAUAGAAAGAUUUCUUCUGCUAGCAGACUUCCUGCAGAGGGUUCUAUUAAAGGUGAAGCGAGAAAAGAACACCAAGACCAGGCGUCCCAGCUUCUUAUCUGACGAUGAAUUAGAUGCACUUACUGAAGUACGUCAAUUACUGAAACCAUUAGAUAUUGUUACAAAAUCAAUAAGUGGAGAAAAAGUUGGUACUUUGAGCUUGGCCAUCCCUCUACUCAAUGCUUUGAAAAAGAACUUAGAGAAGGUAGAAGCAGUGACACCAAUAGGGUUUCAAAUGAAACACACACUAACUAGACUAAUAGAAGAGAACUUUCCAAAGAUUGAAGAGCAGAAGCUGUAUGGGUGCGCCACUUUGUGCGACCCAAGGUUUAAGAAUGUUUUCUUUUCUGGCAUAGAGGGAUGUGCUGGUGCCAUCAACAAUGUUGGAAAAUUGAUCAGGCAGCAUAUGGCUGCCAGUAGGCAGCAGCAGCAGCAGCAGGCUGACAUACAAGAGAACUCCACUCCCAAUAACACUACUGGCCAAAAUGAAGUUGAGGGAUUUUGGUCGGAUCUGGAUCGGGCAGUUCAGCUGGCCAAUGUUCAACGCUCUGACACAGUGGCGUCUAGUGGCAUGCCACUUGAGUUAAAGCAAUUUUUAAACAGGCCUCCUGUAGACAGGAAAACCCACACUGACCCUCUACUGGCCUGGGAGGAUUUAAAGGAUUUGUAUCCCAAUGUGUGCGCUGUUGCCCUUCGCUUCCUGCCUCUGCUUGCCACCUCAGUUCCAAGUGAACGCUUGUUUUCUCAUGCUGGGCUCAUCGCUACUCAGCUAAGAAACCGUUUGAGUGGGCAUCAU